CACCAGGGGGACAGCUCCAGGGGUGUGCACCUCCCUAGAUGGAGACCACUGUGGGGGCUCUGGGUGAGAAUACCACAGACACUUUCACUGACUUCUUUUCUGCACAUGAUGGCUAUGAAGCCCAAACCGUCCCUUUACCAUUCACUUUCAGCUACGGUGACUAUGACAUGACCUCGGAUGAUGAGGAAGAUGUGACCAACUCUCGAACUUUCUUUGCUGCCAAGAUUGUCAUUGGCAUAGCUUUGGUGGGUAUCAUGCUGGUGUGUGGCAUUGGCAACUUCAUCUUUAUUACUGCUCUGGCCCGCUACAAAAAGCUUCGCAACCUCACCAACCUGCUUAUUGCCAACCUGGCCAUUUCGGACUUCCUGGUGGCCAUCGUGUGCUGCCCCUUUGAGAUGGACUACUAUGUGGUACGCCAGCUCUCCUGGGAGCAUGGUCAUGUCCUGUGUGCCUCUGUCAACUACUUGCGCACCGUCUCCCUCUACGUCUCCACUAAUGCCCUACUGGCCAUUGCCAUUGACAGGUAUCUGGCCAUUGUGCACCCCCUGAGACCGCGGAUGAAGUGUCAAACAGCCGCCGGCUUGAUCUUCCUGGUGUGGUCUGUGUCCAUCCUCAUCGCCAUCCCAGCCGCCUACUUCACCACCGAGACGGUGUUGGUCAUCGUGGAGAGCCAGGAGAAGAUCUUCUGCGGCCAGAUCUGGCCGGUGGAUCAGCAGUUCUACUACAGGUCCUACUUCCUUUUGGUCUUCGGCCUUGAGUUCGUGGGCCCUGUAGUCGUCAUGACCCUGUGCUAUGCCAGGGUGUCCCGGGAGCUCUGGUUCAAGGCGGUGCCCGGCUUCCAGACAGAGCAGAUUCGCCGGAGGCUGCGCUGCCGCCGCAGGACGGUGCUGGGUCUCGUGUGCGUCCUCUCCGCCUAUGUGCUGUGCUGGGCUCCCUUCUAUGGCUUCACUAUCGUGCGUGACUUCUUCCCCUCCGUGUUUGUGAAGGAGAAGCACUACCUCACCGCUUUCUAUGUGGUGGAGUGCAUCGCCAUGAGCAACAGCAUGAUCAAUACUCUGUGCUUUGUGACCGUCAGGAAUAACACCAGUAAGUACCUCAAGAGGAUCCUGCGGCUGCAGUGGAGGGCCUCUCCCAGCGGGAGCAAGGCCAGCGCCGACCUCGACCUCAGGACCACGGGGAUGCCUGUCACUGAGGAGGUGGACUGCAUCCGACUGAAAUGAGCAAAAUGCUACCACAGCGCCUGGGUGCACACAGCAGCCAUGAACUUGGUUUUCUGUGGAAGGCAGAGGAAAGAGACAACCACUUAGACACACGAUUCAAGGACCACUGAAGUAUAGACUGUCACUAGUGGUCAGGGUUCACUGAAUAUCUCAUUUUUGCAAAGAGUAGGCACCAGUGAAAAGCCUUUGACAAAGUGAAGUGGGGAUUAUAGCAAGGAAAUAUGGUUCGGAGUGUGUGGAAAAGGGUAUUUCCAGAGAGAAGGCAGAGCGGGCGAAGUAGGACUUUCCUGUCUGUGCUUAGGGCUCUGUACUGGGGCUCGAUGUGGGCCUAGCUCACCUCUGGCAGUACUUUUGGGCAAGCCUGGAGCCAGAAUACAGAAGAGGUUCCCAGACCUGCUGUAGUCCUCAGAAUCCCCACUGAGUGGGAAUCAAAUGUAUGAGUGGAUACUCCAGGACCCGUGGCUAAGUUCUGACCACCCACCCCCAGCCUAUGGUCACCUCUAAAGCCUAGGGCUCUGCACACAGACAGUGUGUGUGUGUUGUGUGUGUGGGGGGGUCCCGCUGAAGCAUGGACCUGGGGGAGGAGCCACAUGGACUCUGGGUGCCAUUUAGAUAGGGAAUUUGGAAUUUGGGGUUCUGAGUCCUAAGUAGAGGGAAGUUUGAGCUCAGGUGAGCAUGAUUCCCCCUCUUCAUGGUCGACUCACUGUGAGCAGGGGAGGAGGUGAAGAGAGGGGAUCUGGUGGGACCUCUGAUGGCACGUGCAUUUUAGAGGGUGCUGUUGCUCUGUCCCCCAGCUUCUUUGCCCGGGACCAUUCAUGCUGCUUGAGUCUUCAUGCCUUUGUGUUUAUGGAGCAUAGAACUCUUGAAGGUAAACAUAGCACCCCGACUUCCCAUUCCUACUAGCUCUGAAACACAAGGUGUUUUCAUCCCAACCAGCCUAUUCGAUGAGGUUCCUUCACUGGGAAGAGUGGGAGAAAGAGUUCUUAGCCACUGGUGCCUGACUUUCAGCCUGGUCAUGAUUCUGUGAAUUAAGACUUCUGCUCUUUCGAAAUGAAGGUGACCUUGGAGAAAUCACCGCAUUUCUGCUCUUCAGAAAUGAAUGAAGACCUGCACAUCAGGGGUGCAGCCUGGACACUCAGGAAACAGAAGUUGACUAACAGUGAGCUCUCAGGACCCCACAGACUUUUGAAAGUCUCGUCCCAUGUAGUAACUCGCCUUCUUAGUUUGGCAUUUAGAAUUCUGGCCUAAGAAAAUCUGAGGCCCAGCUUUGACUAGAUUAUCUACACAGACCUAAGACUUUCUGAAGACAAAGGUAAUGCUUAAGAAACCUUGUUAGAAUUGUGAGAUCAAUCAAAUAAUGUGUGGAAGAGAGGCAGUUAACCAUCUGAAUAGUAAAGUAUCACCA